UAUGGGCAUAGACAACAACAAAGCAGAAGGCAUGAAUGGAACGAAAGGAUCAAAUGUAAAAUAAAAAUAGACAAGUAGCUAUCUAGCUUAGUUAGUCAUCCAGAUGUGUUCGGAAGCUACUCGUUUUCGGUUAUUAAGCUUUCACUCCCUAAUAUCUAAAAAUCUAAAAUUAGCCUAGCCAGCGAAUUAGUUAGCUGCUUAGCUUGCAUAACUAGCAAUUCUGAACCCUUACACAUAUGAGUGAUGCAGAGGGAACUCUCAUUUGGCUUUUUCAGCCUAAUUCAGCAUACUGGCUGAAGUAGAAGAAGAAACACGUUGAAAGCAGAGACUCCGGUAUCUCCACGCUCCCUAUGCUUGGACUCCAGGACAGCAGUACUGGCGGCGCUCUGCCGACCAAAACCUACAGGUGUGUGGCAUGUUCAGCUACAUUCCCGGGGCUAUCUUCUUUAUUGGUGCACCAGGCAUCCCAUGCAAAUGAUGGUAAUUCACUGGAUAGGCUUCAGCCACCUCCCGCCUCUUCUACGCAGCCAUGCUGCUCCCACUGUGGGGUGAUAUUUUCCAGUCAAGAGUUCUUGAAGAAGCACCACUGCAGUGCCUCUUCCUUCCCUUCCUCUUCGUCCGAAGAGUUCCAGCAUCUCGGCUCCAUGCCGGAGCAGAAAGGAUCGCACACCGAACGCCCUCAGCCUCAUAACCCGGCUGUGGAUGAGGCAAACGCGUUGGAAACGAACGGGUCCGCUUCCAGCCCACCUGGCCAAACGAAUCCAACCCCCAGUCAGGGUUUCAGCCCCGCCUGCAGCUCCCAUCCAGUACCAUCUGAUCUCCACAUCGCUUCACAGCCGCCCAGCACAGUAACUACCAGCAACGGUCCUGUCAUGCAGGAGCAUCUUACUUCAAGCCCUGGGUCUCAGCCUGUGGGAUUCACACCAUUGCCAACCUUCACAACACCGCAGGAUCAGUCCUCGUUCGCAGGAGCUCCGCCUGUCCCGUCUUUUCUCCCUCCGUCUGAUCCCACCUCCAGUGGCAGAGUCCUCCAACCGAAAGAGCUCAAACCGGCGAAGAAGAAAACCUUGAAGAAGAUGCUGUUUUCGGAGUUCAUGAAGCGCUUGCCACCAUCGCAGUUAACUUGGAGGCCUAACAAGGGGGUUGUAUCCUCCAAAAACGCGGUAAGCAUCAGAGCCUCAGCAGCAGAAGGAGCAGCACCCUCACCAGGAACGUCUGUUACUCAGUUACGGCGACUGCUGACUAAAUCUGGCACGAAAACAAAAGCAGCCUCCCGAGCGUCAGCUAUUCUAAAUGUUAUCAAUUCAAAUAAACAGUCCACCAACAUUGUAAGCAGAGUUGUGAGUUUAACCAGGACUUUCCUUCCUGUGGUGGCUCUUGAGACGAGGCAAACGUUGAGGGGCAUUAGCAUGGAUGGUUCAGAGGGGCAACACCAAUGUGGCUGCUGCCGGAGGAUUUUCCAAGAUGUAGACAGUCUGAUACUGCAUCAUGUUGUGCACAAGAAAGAAAGGGUAUAUGGUUGCCGGCAGUGUGGACAGCUUCUUAUAAGUAGAGUGCCCAUUUCGGAGAACCAUAUUUGUCAGAUGGCCUCCAUGCAGAGUAGCCAGGAAAUAUUCUCAGUGGGAACUGUACUCCACUCACCGUCAAGCACCCAGGCACGCCUCAGUCAAGAGGGCACCGUGGCAGGUUUCAAAACCUUGCAGGGAAGGCGCUCCACGUCUGUUACCAAGAAGCUUUUUCACUGUUCCCUGUGUAAUCACAAAUACACUCGUUUAUACAGCCUAAAAACGCACAAGUGUCAAUGGCUGUUGUCCCUGCAGCAAGCUAACAGCACCCACAAGAUGGAUGGAUUCUAUUCAAUAGAAAGGGAGACAACAGUUGGUGGGGGGCUGAAAAUAAAUGAGAUACAGAAUGAGGCGGUAGAAGAUGUAGCUUCACAGGUUCAAAAAAGUGUGGCAGUAGGCACUGAAACCCCUCACCAUAUCAAGUUUGAGACUUUUGAAGCACAGUCUGUGUCAGGAGAAUUAUUCCCUCACACUCAGCAGGUUGACGCUGCACAUUCAGAAUUGGGUUUGUGGUCUGGUUCAGCAAAAAGCUUCAUGCCCUUUCUUUCCAAAUCAGCCAAACACACGCCAUUCCGAAACGUAGAUUCGGGGACCAAGGGAGAGUGUGGUGUUUCUGUGCAGCACCAUGCAGGUGUACUACAACAGACUGUGGGAGAGGGCAAAGGAGAAUGCAAGACAGAAAAUGAGCGCACACUGCAAGAACAACAGGGACAGUGGACCAUGCCAAUAGAUUAUUCAGAAGUUGAUUUGCUGAUAGAUGCAGAGGAAGGUGGUGGUGAUGACCACAUUGAAUCCGCAGUUGGGGAUUCUGUGGAUUCCACAAACGAACAGACCCACUCUCAGGAAGUUGCCUUUCUAAGAGGAGGGAAGUGCUUCAUCUGCAGUCAAUGUGGUAGAGGCUAUACUCGACGCUUCACCUUGCACCAGCAUCAAAAGAAGUGUCACCUAGGGAUAAGGGCACCAAUGCAGCACACUGUUAGGAAGGCAAUUAAAAUCAAUAAACACUCGGGGGGAAAACAGCACUUUGAUUGUCCCCAGUGUAGGAGGAGCUUCAGCCACAGAGAUGCACUUGUCCUUCAUAAAAAGAACUGUCAGCCAAGGAACAGAAGAGGGGAUGGGAACAGUAGCCACAUUGGCACAGAGGAUAGAAGCAGGAUGCACGUGGAACAUGCACAAAACCAGGGAAGGAUGUUUGUGUUGCCACCACCUCCAGGGGAAAAAUCCAACCGGGCAGGAAACCAGAAUCAGUCAGCUGGUGGAGAUUGGGGCAUAAUGUCAUUGCCCUCUGUACUGCCUAGGAGGGUGACUUGUGAGUGUGGAGCAGGGUUCACCUGUCCUCGGUUGCUGUUUGAGCACCUGCAGAUGCACACCCAAGAGACCUACAUCUGUCCCGAUUGUGGUGAAAGCUUGCAGUCCUGGCCAGCCUUCGAGUCUCACCUUCGCUCACAUCAGCUCUCCAUGUGUCCAAAGUGUAACAGGAGUUUCACUCUACACAGUUCACUGGUCAGGCACCUACGCGAAAACCUCUGCAUUCCUGAUUCCAGGAAGGAGAAGAAACACUGUUGUUCACGCUGCAACCUGGUGCUGCCUAAUGCCCUUAGUCUCAAGCUCCACAUGCAGAGCCCCCCUUGUAAACCUUCCCGCAGUCUCCUACGCUGCCCUGUGUGCAUACGGGCAUUUAGGAGUAUACCAGGGCUCCAGAGACACCUGUCAUUCCACAGCAAGCCUAAUGGCUUCCUUUGUCACAUCUGCGAGCGUGGCUACCGAAGCAUGAGUGCACUAAUGGACCACCGAAGGAAAGUCCAUUGUGUAGUAAGGGAGGAGAAGCAGUCCAGUUAGGAGAGGGUUCAUGAGGUGCCAUUUUGAACAUUCCAAAGGAAAAUGGAUUGAGACACAUCAAUGGGACACUUGAAACUUGGGGGUUCAAAGGCAGAGUUUUUCGCCACACAAUAGAAGGUUAAUAUAUGAAUUUCUUGUAUAAAAUUGGUGAAAUGAGCAUAUUAAAAGGUGAAUAUGGAAUAUCAGGAUGGACAAUGGGUCAGAAACAUUUUUACCAGCAAUUUCACAAAAAAAAUGGAGGAAACAACAUGCUCAUAGGUUUGUUCUGACUAGCAAAAUAUUCUGU